AUGAGUUGGACCGAUAUUACCAAUGUGAGCGAUGCCGAGCUCGAGGCCGAGGUCAAGGAGCGGAUUGCCCUCGAGCAUCUUCCUCCUUGGUUUACAAUCGAGCACCUUAGAGAGAGCUACGACGCCCCGGCUAUUGCUAUCAUAAUCGCCUUUGCGGUCCUGGUCGUCGUGGUAGUUAUUUGCAGGGUACUUUCCCGGAGAUAUGUCAUCAAGCGCUUCGGCGUCGGCCUCGAUGAUGGCCUGGCUCUUGCGUCGCUGGCGAUAUACAUACCUUUCGUGGUCCUUUCCAUACACCUCAUUACCCUCGGCUCAGGGCGACACUUUGAUCAAUUCGCGUUUUUCUUGAGCGCCGAUAUGUUUGCAAGGAUGCAGAUAAUGGACUCCGUCACACACUUAGUCUACACCACGGCGCUGUGGCUGUGCCGGAUCUCCGGUCUCGCCUUCUACUAUCGCAUGUGCAACUUGCACCGCGAGUUUCUCAUCUCCAUCAAGGUCAUCUUUGCGGUCCUGACGCUGGGAUACCUGGUGCAGAUUGGCCUCAUUGUCUUCCAUUGCCAGCCGAUUUCGCUUCUGUGGGCGCCGGUGACGGAUGAAGAUGCCAGAGUGCUCAAAUGCAUGAACUGGUUGAGAACGAAUCUCGCGAUCUCCGGCAUUUCACUGCUCUGCGACUUGCUACUGUUUGGCCUCCCGGCAGCGAUGCUUUGGGUCCUGAAGAUAAGCCAGAAAAAGAAGGUCCAGCUUGCCGGCAUUUUGUUGCCUGGUGUUGCUGUAGUCGCCAUCUCCGCCGCACGGGUCGCGUUCGUGGUGUCUUAUGGCUAUGAGUUGAGCGAGACCUUUCGCUACUCAUUUCUCAAGCUCCUCUGUGUUGAGACGGCUGAGAUUAGCGCUACGCUCAUCGCACUGUCCGUUCCGGGUAUCAAGCCCAUGUUUGACAAGUACAUACUGCGCAAGGACAUUGAGUCAGUGCCGAGCGGGCGGGGCACGCCCCUUGAUCAUGGGGACCCCAUCGGAUCGAAAGACUUGGAGAUGAGGCCUUGGACAGAGUCAGAUGAGCCGCAUCUGAGUAAAUAG